CAUUGCAUCGAUGCGGCCCUGCCUGAGCUCCUCGCGCACGUUUCCCCGCCACGACUCCGUGACGUCACGUUUAGGAGGGGCUCCUUCGUCUGACUCGGUCGCUGUUCUCGGUGCUGAAAACCACGGCCGGCCUCUGCUCUGCUGAACCCCCAUUUCCCCCCCUACACACACCAAAUUUGCAGCCAUUUUAGCUUCUUCCGACACCCCAUGCCCCCAAACCAAGCGAGCGACAUGCCCCUCUAGCUCCAGCGACUCCUCUGGGGCUGCUCCCACCUGGCGUUGGCCGCAGUCAUGCGCUCAUAAACCGGGCAUGGAUUGAGCUAAGCGGCGGGAUGGAGUCUGCGUGGUGUCCCGUGUUCGUCUUCGUAUUGGCCGUCUGCCUCUGCUGCUUCGCACCUGCACGAACCGACGGAAGCUAUGGUUGCCUGUUUGAAGAUGACCUUUGCCAAGCUUACGAGUUCUGUGUAAACGACGGUGUUUUCGGAAGGUGUCAGGAGCUGGCUGGCGCAGACCUGAACACGUACGCUGUGUCUUCCUCCAGUUUGCUGCGCCUCAGGACGCUCUUGCAGAAACUAGCUCACAGAGGUCUUACGUGGCACGAUGACAUCACGCAGCAGGUGAUCUCUCGAGAGCUCUCCAAACUGAGGAGCAGCCCCGUCGGCCGUCACGAGGCAUCGGAGGUGCCCCUCGAGUCAAACAGCGGGACUGCAGGCAAGAAUGCGAGGCCCGCGAAAGCGGAGCUGAGCAAGAACCUUCAGCGCUUCCUGAAAGGCUUGCACUUCCCGCCACCGCUGCAGCCUGGAGUUCAACAAGAGGCAGCCAACACUCAGAAUGAAGGUCUCACCGUUGACGGUCCUCCGGAUCGUGGUCCACCAAAGUUGGGCUGGAAGGAGACCAGCAUCUACAGUCUCCAGAACGGAGUGGACCAACCCCCCAACACCAAGGUCUUCUCUCAGAGCGGCGAGGGCAGGCACCCUAAGCUUAGCGCCCCCUACAAGACCCUCUCCAACCACUUGGAGCAGCUCUUCAGGGAAGGUGGACCAUCGGGGUCCAAAGGGAAGCUCCGCUACCUCGGCUAUGUGCGCCCACCCCCAGAUGAAGUUCGCUUGGCUUUUGGUUCCAAAACCCCGAAACCCAAUCUGGAUGGAUUGUUGUUCAGGAGCGGGUCCAACCAACUGACCGCCAAGAAGCCCCCUAAUUUCAUGAACGAUCAUUUGUUCCAGGAUAUGAUCAAGCAUUUGGGAGUGCACAGCUUCAACAUGGACCCUUGGAUGAGCAAAGACUUGGACCAACUGGCUAACAUCCUCACCGGAGCUCUGCAAGAAGCCGAGGCGAGGCAACCAGAUCCUGGGGCCCAGCCGGGACCGGGAACCGGCCAGGUUACGGAGGGAGACGGGGACCUAAUAGCUGGAAUGGAAUCAAACCAAGUCUUGAAUGUGAAACCGAGCAAAGUACUGGAUGUCAACCCGAAAGUCCCUUUGAUAUUUGGACAAGGCCAACAAGAAGAGGGCGCAGCCAACAAGGAGCCUGUUGACAAGCAUACGGCCAUUUUCUCCAAGCUCCUCGACUAUCUUGACAAUUUUGGGGACUCCUCCGAGGUCCAACCUGCUCCUGGCGAAAAAGCGGUGGGCCUGGAGAGCGUCCGGAGCCGGACCACGCAGUCCCAAGGUGCAGAGAAAGGCAUUUCGGCACCUGCGAGGGAAAGCCCCACCAUACGCUUGAUUGGCGCCGAGGCGAGGCCGGACUCCGAGAUGGGAAAGUGGAUGCACAAACCUGCCGGCAAUGACAUGAAGGUGAAAACUCAGCUGGUCCACGUCGGACUGAAGGAGUUUUCCAGCAGAGGGAAAGACAGACAUUUUGGAUACAUCAUAACCGGCUCAGACUCCCUCACAUCCGACCAGGCCAUCGACUUGAUGGAACGGCUCACCCAGGAGCUGCACCUCCACGCCGCAGACCUCACGCAGCUAUCUGUUCUUGGCCCGGCGUUGACUUUCCGGGUCGGGCUCACCCCUGCCAAUGUAACCACCGCAGAUGUUGUCCAAGUCGCAGUCCAAGGGAAACAGCAGCUGGAGAAGGAGACAGGCCUGAAGAUAGUGGAGGCUGGAGUCAGUGACAGGGGAAGCCUGAGCCACAUCCCGGUGGUGAAGGAGACCCGGGUGGAGUCGGGCCAGCUGGCGAUUCUCUCGGUGCUGUGCGUGCUCAUCAUCCUGGUGGUGCUGGUGGUGUCGGCCACCUUCUUCUGUGUGCGCCAGCAAUCCCACCUGCACAUGAAAGAGAAACUCUCCGGCUUGGGCACUGACACGAGCAGCGAUGCCACGGCAACCUAUCAGGAGCUGUGUCGUCAGCGUAUGGCCAUCCGGGCGUCGGAGCGCGUGGAACGUCCGGAGACUCUGCGCCAUUCGCGUCUCAACAGCGUGUCCUCCCAGUUCAGCGACGGCCCCGGGGCCGGCAGCCCGUCGGCGCGCAGCAGCACCUCCUCCUGGUGCGAGGAGCCCGUGCCGUCCAACAUGGACAUCUCCACAGGUCACAUGAUACUGUCGUACAUGGAGGACCACCUGAAGGACAAGAACCGUCUGGAGCGCGAAUGGGAGGCCUUGUGUUCGUACCAGGCAGAACCCGCCACCUGCAGCGUUGCCCAGAGUGAGCAGAGCACCAGGAAGAACCGCUCAGACGCCGUGCUAGCAUAUGAUCAUUCCAGGAUCACCUUGAAAGCGGAGAAUAACCACAGCGGCUCCGAUUACAUCAACGCCAGUCCAAUCAUGGACCACGACCCUCGCAACCCUACUUACAUCGCAUCGCAGGGUCCGCUUCCCUCCACCGUGGCCGACUUCUGGCAGAUGGUGUGGGAGAGCGGCUGCGUGGUCGUCGUCAUGCUCACUCCCGUCUCGGAGAACGGCGUCAAGCAGUGUCACCGCUACUGGCCGGAUGAGGGCUCCGAUGUCUACCAUUUCUACGAGGUCAACCUGGUUUCCGAGCACAUCUGGUGUGAGGACUUCCUGGUCCGGAGCUUCUACCUGAAGAACCUGCACACUAAUGAGACGCGCACCGUCACGCAGUUCCAUUUCCUCUCCUGGAUGGACCGCGGCGUCCCCAACACGGCGCGCACCCUCUUGGACUUCCGCAGAAAGGUUAACAAGUGCUACCGGGGUCGAGCGUGCCCAAUUAUUGUUCACUGCAGUGACGGCGCCGGCAGGAGCGGGACUUACAUUCUGAUUGACAUGGUCCUCAAUAGGAUGGCAAAAGGUGCUAAAGAGAUUGAUAUUGCGGCUACCCUGGAGCACUUGAGAGACCAGAGAGCCGGCAUGGUCCACACAAAGGAGCAGUUUGAGUUCGCGCUGACAGCCGUGGCCGAGGAGGUGAACGCCAUCCUCAAAGCGAUGCCUCAGUGAAGGCCACGCACCUCCUCUCUCUCUCUCUCUUUCUCAUUAUAUAUAUAUCUACACACAUACAUGUGCACACACGCUCCCGUUAAGUGUGUCGGGCAAGUCUUCCAGUGGCCAAAGAUGGCGUUCGGGUACAUCCAGUUUGUCCAGGGCGUGAAUUGAUAGGACGCCCCAGUCGGGUUAUAAGUGAAUCGAUGAGUCGUUCAAUGCAAAGCAUGUCUGUUUCGCUGCAAAAACAGAAGGGUUUUUUUUCCUCCCCAAAGACUUAAAAUUGUAUU